GGAUGCAAUCACUAGUCAAGUGAGCUUAGAUAGAAAUAAUGAUAAAGGUCCUAUUAAAAAAUACGAUAUCUUUGGUGUGUGCAAAGAUGAAAAAUAUUAUAUAGAACUCAUAUUUGGCGAGAUAUCUCAUGGGCCUCAAACUCAUAUUCAUUCAAUUGAAGACAGAAAUAAAGAGCAAAGGAUUCAUUAG